AUGAAGACCGGCAAAUCCGUUACUGAUUACUUAUCAAGAACAAUGAUGAUUGCUAACAAGAUGCGGAUCCAUGGCGAGAAGAUGGAUGACAUCACCAUCAUCAAGAAGAUUCUUCGAUCAAUGACACCGAAAUUUAAUUUCGUUGUUUGUUCUAUAGAAGAAUCUAAAGAUAUUGAUGAACUUUCAAUUGAUGAGUUGCAAAGUUCUUUGCUGGUUCAUGAGCAAAAAACUGUCCAGCAAGAUAAAGAGGAACAAGCAUUAAAGGCAGUAGCCAAUCCAAGAGGUCCUGAUCGUGGGAAAGGGAGAUGGAACGACAAAGAUUCACACCAUAAAUCAAAUGAAGAUCAUGCUACUGAUUCCAAAUGA